AUGGUUCAUGGCAGCAACGCAGAUCGAGCAAAUCCCAAUUCCACCCAACUUUCCCACCUAGCCAUGAACUUUGGACAGUUUAUGGACCACGACACAACACUAGCGGCGAUUAAGAACCUUAACUGCGAACCACCCACCAAAGAUCCAGAGUGCAUUAACAUUGAAAUUCCCAAAGACGAUGCAACAUUCAGGAAACGGGGCGUCGCUUUUAUCGAAAUGGAGAGGGAUGCUCCUGUAAAACCGACCUCCUUCUGCAAACUGGCCGUUCGAGAGCAUACAAACACCCUAACGGCUUUUAUUGACGCUUCCAACGUUUACGGAUCAACUGAGAAACUUGCUAAAUCUCUUCGCGCCGAAAACGGGCUACUAAAAGACCUCCCACAUCCAGAUGGUAUGGGGCUUGCCAAUUUGCUGCCUCCGCAACCAAAAGAUUCCGAAGAAUUCUGUCCAUCACUAGAUCCGAUCAGACCGUGCUUUCUGUCAGGAGAUAUACGAAACAAUGAGAACCAAGGUAGGAACGCUCGUUGUAACGUUAAAGCUCUAUUAUAAACCCCUAUUCAUCCCGACUUGGACUGUGAGGGUAGAGAAUUUCGCUGAUUCCUACCCUUUGUUUAGUACACCGCUGUUGCUCCUAGCCUGCCGAGGAGCAACAGGGGCGCUCCCUUAUAUAAGCUGUAUUUGUGUGUAGGGCACCAAAGCGUGUGGCAUCUGACCUUUUUUAUCCUGAAAUUAAUUGCCGAUUUUAACCGCAGGGAUGUUUUAAGGUUAUGUUUUUUCUCCUCUUAAACCAGGGUCUAUCAUCUGUCUCUUGUGAACACCGGUUCAGGGUUAAAUUAGGGCAGGAGAAAAUAAGGUCACUUAUUUUUUUCUGAAAUAGGAUAAGGGUUACAUGAAACAUGCCGAACGCCCCCUCUCGAACGUUUUUAGGAGUACCCUUUUGGCUAGAAAACAACAACAAUAAAUAAAGACAUAAAUAAGGUCGUAAAUCGGCGCGUUGGUGCUUCCAGGAUUUUUUUGACAUAUUAAUACUCAACAGAAAUUCUUGAAUUCCUUUUAAUCAACUAAGUUCUAAAAAGCAUUUGAACCUGAUCCAAUAUCGUCAAACACCACCAAACAAGGCGUUCAAAAAGAUCAAACACGUUGGUCCAGUAUUGAUAUCCUUACGUAGCACUGAGGGGAAUCGCUUUCAUAUUUUACAAAUGGUUAAUGUCAAAACCUCCAAACAUUUUCCAAGAAUUAGCCACCAAAAUCAUAAGGAUAGUUCAGGAACUCAACGUUUAAUUUGAUCUCUUUUUCCCGCAGGGCUCAAUUCAGUCCACACCAUCUUCGUGCGUCACCACAACCGGAUAGCAACAUUUUUACGCAACAACAACAAUAAUAACAAUUGGGACGACGAGAGAAUUUAUCAGGAAACCAGAAGAAUCAUCGGGGCACAACUGCAAGUGAUAACGUACAAAGAAUUCCUGCCAUUGAUUUUGAGUCCUGAAGUGGUAAUGGGAAUGUCAGUAUGCUUAGGUCGCCCCAUGUCGAGGGAAUCCAAGACAGUCUUGGAUUCUGGACCCCACGCAGUGGAUUGCGGAUUCCAUGUACUGGAUUCCAGUCUUUGUCAGUGGAAGUUGGACUCUGGAUUCCGAUCGUUAGUGGGAUUUCGGAUUCCUUGAACUGUAUUCUGGAUUCCAAAACCCAGGAUUCCGGAUUCCUGACUAGCCUGCGUAGCAAGCGUUUCCGUUUGGUUUCGGAGCAAAAAAAAGACCGUGGAAAGGGAUUUUCGGUUUUGACCGCGCGAGAAAUGAAAAUGAAAACGAAAUGAAACGAGAACCAAAAAAUAAAAGAGGGUGAGGGGAAGGGGAAGGAAGGUUUAAGGAAAAGAAGGAAAGUUUCCUUCCUUUCUUCCCCAACCCCUCCUCGCUCUUUUACUUGCGCCAUUUUUCGCGCGGUCUUUGACUCUUGUUCCUCAUUCUUUGGUCCUAAACCGUACAGAAACGCUUGCUACGCAGGCUAGGAUUCCACAAGCAACAUAUUUUCCCAGAUUCUGGAUUCCACGAGGAAAAUAUUUCUCGGAUACACGCAAGGGGCGACUUAAAUAAUGCCGAUCCGAGAAAGGCGGAAAGCAAUUUCCUUUGUUCUGGUAAAUGCGUUGUCCUCACUUAGAAAUGCUUUCUUUUUCACACAGAAAAUGCAUGAACCUACACUAAGGCAGUUUACGAAGUAAAACUUCAUUUAGAAAGGCUGUUUCUUUGUGUUAAAAGAGUUCGACUAUUAUCAGAAGAGUUUACAAUUUCACAUGUCCCUCAUGUGAAAUUUCUGUGUUAUUAAGAUUAUGUCUAAGGAACUUCGUCAGAAAACUAAGGAUUAAUAUGCAUGCUGAUUGAAAGGUUUUUGUAAAUUUUGCACUGUUCAUUGAAAAGAUCAGCCCAAAGUGCUAUUGGCCCUGCAGGACAAAGUCUGAUUAACCCCGAUAGAGGGAGCCAAAUUAGAACCAAAGAAUGGCUACUCACCGAAAUGCCCCCAUUUUUAGGGCUAGAACAGAUCUUUUUUUAUUUACAAUGUGCCUGCUAAAAACAUGUACUCAGGACUGCAAUGUAACUACUAGUUGCAGACUAAGUAGCACGUCUAACUACACAACAGGAUCUGUUGCAGCCGUAUGAAAUUAUUCAAGGUCACAAGUCUUACAAGAGUCCCACACUGGCCUGAACCUGAUCAGCUUGAUAUAUCUUGCACAUAAUUAUAACGAUAACCCUUUCUUAUUGCUUCCUUUUUCCUCAUAUUUUAGAUAAAAAGAUUUGGUCUCAGGUUACUUGAGGGAGGAAGGUUUUUCACAGGCUACAACAAAAGAGUUAAUGCUCAAAUGACAAAUGGCUUUUCCGUGGCGGCUUACCGAUUUGGCCACAGUUUGGUUCAGGAGAUUUUUAGACGAUUGCGUGAAAAUGGUAAAAAAGAGUUUCUGCCUAUUCCUGUAUUGGACUUUGGUAAUCCACAGUACUUGUACGAGAGGUGUCAAGGAGGUAUAGAUGCUAUCUUGCGGGGCUUAACACAAGACCCUUCAGGGAAAAUUGAUGGGUGAGUGGACGAACUUACAGUCAAAGGGAUCAUUCGUAAAUCCAUAGAUUUUGUUUUAAUGUAAUUAGGAUAUUUUCAAUCGGCGAGAAAAUUGUCAAGGUGUUGUCCUGAAAUGGGGGGAACUUAAGAAAACAAAACAAUCCACACUCCUCCCAUCCAUUCGAAGUUGGGUUUUUGUUGUUUGUGCAAGUAGCUCGAACAGCGGCACAACAUAGCGUGGAGAGGGUGGGGGAGAGAAAGCUUUAUUUUCCCCUUUUUUAAGUUGCUAAAACGCCAGAGAGGUACUUUAGGGCCAAAGUUUCUCAACUAAUUUUGCCAUCGAUUGUUUUCCAACGGAGUUUUUUGAUCUCAAAUUUACUUGAUUUGCUAUUUUAAAAAACGAAAAAUACGAAAAUAGAUUCAUUCUUUAGCGUACCAGCAACACAUUGGCCAGAAUUGAACUGUUGAGUUCAACCCACUACGAGGUCCCCUUUCUAGGGCGUAUCUUAUGUAUAGGCCAGAAGGCACGUGCGUACUUUAAAAAUGUCAAAACAAAAACAAAAAAGGCAUUUUGAUUGAUCUGAUUGAAAAAUAUCGGUAUCGUCUCCGAAAAACUGUAUGGAAAUUCCUUACAAGGCGGCAAAAGCCCUUGCUUAGAGCCAUAAAAAAACGAUGAAAUAAGGCAAAUGCAGUUUGGCUAAUAUACAUAUUUGUCAUUUCUUUGAACAUUUUGCCCAUUACGAGGUGAAUGUGAGUCACGUGACUUUGGUUGACCAAGGAAACGUUCAUCAGAUAAAUGCAAGCGUGGAUAUAAAACUGCUUGCCAAGUUUCAAAAAGCUGAGAGAAAUGGUUCUACUUGAAGUCAAAAUCAACUAAAAUUGUGGUUCAGCCAAGUCUUUUAAGACACAUGAAUCUUUCAUGUCUGAAGUCUAUACAGAGGAGUCGUAAUCGCAUUUCUUUAAAUUUUAGCCAAUUAAUUUUAAAUACUGUUUUAUUUUUUAAGGAGAUUUUCGAGUUCCGUACAAGAAGAGCUCCGUCGUGGCGAAGGCGAUCUGUCUGAUUUAAUCAGCAUCAAUAUUCAAAGAGGGCGUGAACGUGGAGUUCCGGGAUACACUAAGUAUCGUAACCUGAAGUUAUGCGGACUGUCAAAAGUGAAAAGUUUCAACGAUUUGAGAAAAAAGGCUGGCUUUAAAGCAGAAGACGUUGCAAAUUUGAGGAAGGUUUACAGAAACGUGCUUGAUAUUGACUUGUUCGUUGGAGGUGAGUGAUACAGAGCUUAAAGUUUUUGGUAGACUUGCUACGAGUCGACCUCUCAUAAGUCGUUAAAAGUGAACGAAGCGAGGUCGCGCAGCGACCUAGCGAGCGACGAAGUCUUGAGGUCGACUUGUUUCGCCUGAAUGGAUUUGAAUCAUGUUCAGUUACUAGAAAUACGUGAAUCGCAGGACCUCGUAUAGCAUUUGGGGGAACGUCAAGAAGUAAGAAGAAACGGAAAUAAAUCGAUUAACAUACAGGCUGUGUCGGGAGCGGCGUGAAAUAUCACUCACUGCACUGUCCUAUUGGUAAUUGUCAUGACGCCAUCGGUAGAAUUUUCGACCGGUAAAUUUCGCACCAAACAGAGUGGCAAAAUGGCAUAACCAACCAGUAAAAAAAGAUAAAGUAUCGGCUCUAACUCUGUCACUCAUGAUAGUCGGUCCUAGAAAAAAAAAAUCACUAAAAAAUUCGACGAAAUAAAAUGGUAUAAUUAUGCAAACGUUUGCUGAGUGUCGAUAGGGUUCGUUCGAAUGCCAAGGCCAUAGGAUUUUGCCCAUAGAUUUAAAAGUUAAGGUAACCGAUAAUAUAUUCAUGACGUACUAAUGUAGUGUAAAAGCGUAAAAUUGCCAUGAUAUAGUAAUCCGAAACUCGCUAAUAAGAGAAGGACGUAUUUCUGUAUUGCGUUGUAAGAUGGAAGUGGCCAAAUUUUGGGUUUCUGGGUUAAUUUAUCUCUAGUUGAGACGGGUUUAAAACUGUACUAAGAGAGAAAGUUUAUAGAAGAUUUCUUUGAUCUCCAUCCUUGGUUCAUAAUUAGUGUGUCAUCAGUCAUUUUGAGGCAUUUCAGACUAUAUUCAACCUGCUUUAAUAACUUUCCUGUGUUCUAAACUCUAGAGGAGUUAUCAAUCGUACACCGUGUUUAAAUAAAUCUGAAGAAGAAAAUUCAGCACAGAUGGUUUACCUUGCAAUAGUAUAUUUCCGUUAGUGUAUAAGAGUGCUCGGGAGCCACUUCAGCCAAUGUACUUUUUUCGCUGUUGCCUUAACUUGGUUUUUUUAUUUCCUUUCACAAUAAUAUUCUUAUUUGCAUCCAGUAAGUAGACUUAAUUUGCUUCUCAAUUCUUAGGAAUGCUGGAAGCAAAUAAAGGGUCAGAAGCCCUGGGACCAACUUUUCAAUGCAUUAUAGCCGAGCAGUUCCAGCGCCUCAGAAUCGGAGAUCGUUUUUGGCACGAAAAUGCUCCAGACCGAAGCUUGAACACCGAUCGAACGGCUUUCAAUGUUGCCAUGCUACGUGAGAUCAGGAAAACAACGUUUGCCAAGAUACUCUGCGACAAUGCCGACAAAAUCUCGAAUAUUAACCCGACGGUGCUGAAGCCGUCAAGCUCAAAGACACCUUGCAACGCCUUGCCAACGGUUAGUCUUACGCCAUGGAUAACGCCACAUCGGGACUCAGGGUAAGUUUUUUUUUACAACAACUGAACGACUUUUCACGCCCUGAUUGGUCGAAAGCUAUGAUCGAUAGGAGUACAGACCAUGUAAAAUUGUUGUCGAUUUGGUAAUUUGCCUAUAAUGAUAGUACCAUGUUACCAUGCAUAUUUUCCUGAUCUAACCGCAUUGUGAUCGUGUGGUUAAUUAUGAUUAGGACAAGCAUUGGAAUUAGGAUUAUGAUUAUAUCAUGAUUGAUCAAGAUUUUGAUUGUUAUGCUGAUGAUGAUGAUGUCGUUGAUGAUGAUGACGACGACGACGACGACGACGACGACGACGAUGGCUGAUGAUGAUAACAGGGAGCUUAAGCAACGGCAAGGCAACGAGACCGGCAAAAAAGCAAUAGGGUUAGAUUGGCAAAAAAACAACUUUGCACGUGCAUCACGCUUUUUUGUACAUUUCUUAGCCGUCAUUGCACGACUACAACGUGAAAGUGCCUAACUUCACGUUUCGUCGAAGACGGGAAAACGGACAACAACUUUCUUUUUCUUUUCCUGAACUUUGAUUAAGUCCUUUAGAAUUCAACUCAAAAAGAAAUUGCCAACAUUUGUCGAAUUAAACGAGAUGGAAUAAGCGCGAAAAAGUUCGAGGCAGGGCGAAUUCACUUUUUAAGUGACGUUCUCGUAGCAGUCGCCGUCGUUGUUGCUUAAGCUCCCUAAUGAUGAUGAUGGUGGUGGUGGUGGUGGUAGUGGUGGUUGAGAUAGUGAUAUCAAUUUCAGUUAGAAACGAUUGCUCGAAAAGGAAAACGAGAGUUCAACCAGUAGAGAUACCGCCUCGACUAGACUAAGUUGUACAAAUAAAGUUAAAAUAUUAACAUCUUUUCUACCCACAGAUCACCUGACGAUGAUGAUGACGGCGGUGAUUCAUCUGAUGAUGACCCCAAUUUUUGA